AUGGCCGCAGGUCUUAUUGCGGCCGAACACGAUUGCGUCGCAUCAGCAGCAUCAGUGGCAUCAGCAACAGGUUCCAGCCACCGCCGACUUUCCGAGUACAGACCACCUUGGACAAGUACCCGUACAGAGCAGAAGAUUCGCAUCGAGAGUCUGUCCAAAGACAGGUGCGGCAACCCGGCGAGGGCGAACGAGGUCGAGGAAGGUCCACCCCUCUACUACUCGUAG